UUUGAGAAUUAUACGUUAUCAAAGGAAUACAAGAAGGAAUAAAUAACAGAAUAAAUGAAUUGAUAAAUUGAUAAAUUGGUUUAGUAAUUAAGUGUAUCAAAUGCAGUAUAUUAUAAGUACAUGAUUAAAUCGUUAAUUAUCGUUCUGAGGAUAGUCAAUAUACUAAGGCUUCUAAAUAGUUGACGCAAAUACAAUUUGUCACUUCUUCAUACAAAUAAUUGUGUGGGUGACACGGUCUUUAACUGUUAAUACGUUACUUAAAAUAUUCAAAACUAUCGGUUUGGAAAUGUUUAAGCAGCGUUAUAAAAAUUAGUUUCAAAUGCAUACAAUCGCAAUCAUCCAGCCACAAAGACAACGUUUGUAAGCAAUUAUGUCAAAAACCAAACGCAACCGAUCUGUAUUUGGCCAGACUUAUACAUAACAGCGACACAUGCAUGGUUUAUUUGUUAUUCAAUAGUUAAUGAGUGUAAUAUAUGUGUAAGCUGAAUUGACAUAAACCCUAAACAAUGUUUAUAAUAAUGGUGUUUAGAUUGGAAGGAUUCGUUUUUGUAAGAAAAUCAACAACAAUAUAUAGAAAAUUAAUUUAGGAAUCGACUAUGAGUCUAUAACACGUUAAAAUACUGACAGGAGUAGUAAUAACAGAGAUAUUAAAACGAAUAUGAAGAUGAGGUGCCAAUGAAAGAGUGGUCCACACUCCACACUGAGACACAACACAUUUUUACUUUAACAAAAAGACAAACGAACACAAAGCACAAAAGGUCGAGAUCAACAAUGUCGUAAAUAGGUCCCACAAGCUAAUUAAAGAGGAUUCGUUACGCACUUUCAUGAGAUGUGAUUACGUGCCACUCAUCAACAGCUCCAUUGUACCCUCCACUAUUAUUUGCUGACUCGUAUUUCUGUUUUCAUAUGGUCACAUUUCCAUACUGAGAUUUCUAUUCAAAUGUAUUUUCGAAGUAUUUUAGUAACACAAAGAUAAAUACUCCAUGAUAAAAUGUUUCUAAAAGUAUAUAAAUAUUUUAACUUAAACGCGGCAGAGAGCACAAUAUCGAUAUUUCAACUUAAGCCUUUCUAGUAGUUGAGAUAAACAAAGAGCCCAAUUAGUUGAGCCCACUUUAUAAGAUGCUAUGUUGCCCAAUGCCUAUAACCAAAAUAUUUUAAAAGGGGUGAUUAGAUUUGAAAGAGAGAGACGCGAAGAAGUUUAGGGUCUGAGUGGGCACAGUAAGCAAGAAGUGGUAAAUUCACCUUCCCAUCACCCUAAAAUCCUAAAUGUCAAAAAUGUCUUCUCACCUCCACAACACUCCCACAUGGCUAUGCACACACUCUUCUUUUUUUUUUUUUUUAACUCAACUUCAACUUGUCAUUAACCAACCAAAGGGAAUACAUGAUUUUCACCACAAUAGUGAUUCAACCACACUUACAACUGAGUAAUCUAGUAUCACCUAGAAUCACUUCAUUGGAUCCUAUGCUACCCGAUGUAAAUCUCAGUUGUAUUUUCACCCCACUGAGAACAUACUUCCCUUACGACUCAAGGAAAGCAGUCUCUUAGACCCCUACAUUAGACCAUACGAGACGACAACACUGAGAGCUCGAAGAUGACAGACUAUACAACCAGUUCCUUGAAACAGCCCGUUGCAUUAAGCUCCGAAUGAUUGGAGUGACAAAACCGGCCUAAUGCUUCUUCGCCUUGCGACGCUACACUGAUGAAACAAUCCACACCUCCGAGAUCAAAUGUCCGCUCCUUAGCCAAAAGACGAGAUAAACCCGUACUGAAAAGUCGGACCUUGACGACCGCAACGUAACCGGAACAGCAAGCACAGUUUCCAAUGGUGUGAAACUCCACCGUCGACCCCGACACUUACAUCGUCGCGACGCUGGGAUAUGGAGAGCCACCGCGUACCUGCUGCAGGUUUCACCCCUCCGGUAGACUCCUCCGAUGAGGCUAAAACCCACGACGCGCUGUCCACGAAAACCGGGGACCAGACCAUUUUCUACGGACCGACGCACCACUCCUCCGUUUGCCACACCGCCACUCCAGACGAUAGAUCCAAGGUGGAGGAGGUCUCCCACUGAGUCACGCGCCGCCGCCGUGAAGAGAGCACCGGAGAUCUAGAAAAGGGAAAAUUGAUCCGGUGACUCACCUCAGCCCUAAAAGCCGACCUCCUUCGCUUCAGCCUCUCUAAGACUCACCGCUCCUCCAAGAUCGCCGCAAGUUGAUCCCUUUGACCGUUUAAGUCUCCGGAAAUCCCCGACGAACCAGAGCAGCAAGUAUUUCGCCUUAAGGAAAAGACUAAAGGAAGAAGGCAAAAAAGAAAAGAGGAGAAGGGUUAAAGAGGAGUCCUCCGGUACCGGGCAAGGAGCCGGACCGGAGACGGGAGAUCUGAAGCUUUGGUUUUUUUAGAGAUGGAAGAGAGCGAAAGGAGAGAGAAGUUUUUUGGCAUGUGUAUGCACACACUCUUCUAAUUUUACUAUUCUUAACCACGUUUAAAUUUAUAAAUUUAGUUAUGUAUAGAUAACAAAACAAUCCUCUGCACUGGUGCAUAAUGAAGGACGGUUAAUAAAAUAAAUAAUAAUAAUGAAUGACGGUUCUAGCAAAGCCGGAUGAAACAUUUGUUUAAAGCCCUAAACUUUUUAAAAAAAAUUAUAUAUAAAUAGAUUCUCAAAUUUGUAAAAAAAAAAUUCUGGUUUCCAAAUUAUAAAAAUCUUUCUUAGAUCGUCUAUAGCCCCCAAAAUCUCAGGACCGACCCUGAAUGUAUUAGGAAUAUUUGAUUUCACAUGAAUAUAUAAGCAUCCAAUGAAGUUAUGUUUCUCUUAAUAUAAUUUUUGUUUGUGAACUUAGAUCAUCAUUAUCAGUCAAUUUUUGUAUAUCAAUCUAUCAGCUAUAUAAUAUUAUUCUAGUUAGAUUAUGAAAUAAGAUUUUAAAACAAAUAGAACCGGUUGUAAUUUGACACAUGUUUUAAGAGCCCUCACAAUUUUGUUUGAAAUAUGCAAAGCAGUCUUGCUUCUUUUCCAUUUCUUUGAUUUAUAAUUCUUCUUCCCUUUGCUUCAUAGUUUAAGAUGUUUUAACUUCAAUACACGCUAAUUAUUUUUUUUUUAAAAAAUCUAAGAAUUAUACAUUAUACAUAAUAAAUUUAGUCUUAAUUAUUUUGGUCAAUGAAUAUGUUAAAUUAAUACAUGUAUAUCUGUAACAGCUUUUAAUUACUAGUUGACAACAUAUUCAACUAAAACAACCAAAUCAUGUAAUUUAUAUUUACUUAAAGUAUCUCCAAUGGUGCUUCAUUUGCUACUUUUUGCUUCAUUUUUUACUCCAUUGAUACUUCAUUUUUUUUUCAUUUCUUCAUUUUUUGAAGAAUUGAACAGUAUUUUUUUUCAAAUUUGAAGAAAUACUAUUCACUUCUUCAUUUUUUGAAGUUAUAUUUUUAAUUACAGAUUGAUCCUUUAACUUGUUCUUAGUUUUUACUUAAAUAAACUAUAAGAACUAAUAUUUCCAACUUAAUUUUAAAGUUUUUAUAUUAUUUUUUUAUUCAAUUCACUUAAAAUAUUAAAUAUACUAAAAACAUAUUUUUCCUUUUUUUACUAAUAUUUUAGAUGAAACACAAUUACAUAAAUAAUAUAAAAACUGAAAUACAUGAUAAACACCAAACUAAAUAUAUAAAAAAACUUAGUACAUCAUAAACUAACACUUAAUAAUCUGGUAAACCACUUCUAGAUCCACUAAGAUUAUUAAAACAUUGUCCAAAUGAAGUUGCUGCUUUAGAAGGCUGUUGAACUUGUUGGAGUUCAAAUCACGAAAUAAAAUUUUGUUCCUUUCUUUAAAUUUCUUCAAAGCAUAAUCCUUAUAGUGUUCUUGUGUUAUUUAUUUGUUAUGUGUACUAAUUAUAUUAUAUGAUAAUGUUUAUUUUAUAUUAAUUAGAAAUUGUGGUGAGCUAUUGUUAAAAUAAAAUAAUUGGGUAAAAUUAAUAAAUUAGCAAAAGUAAAAGGUGUUAUUGAUAAAUAAUGAUAAAACUGGAAAAUUUUUUUGGAAUAUUCUUUUUUGAAAAAAAAAUUCAUUGGAAAACAUACUUUUUCAUUUUUUUUUAAGAACUUCAUAUUUUGAAGAAAAAAAAAUGAAAUUUACCAUUGGAGAUGUUAUUUUUUUUUUUUGAAUUGAAAAUGUUAUUACCAUUUAAUAAUGUGAAAAGAAAGAAAGAAAACUCAAAAAGGAAGGUAAUUAACUGUACAUUUGCUCAAUAAAAGUUGUCUUGACUUCCCUUUCUUCAACGCCUUAACAAGAUAGUUUCUUUCCUCAUUAUUUUCUUCUUCUUCAUCUUCUUUAACAAAAUGUCAGACUCUCAAACUAUGGCCAGCGAAUCAAGAACCAGUUGGGUUCUCCCUUACAAGACCAAGAACUUGAAAGACGAUUACGUUCUUGAUCGUGUGCUCGGACAAGGACAGUUUGGAACCACUUUCCUCUGUACUCAUAGCGAGACGGGUCAAAAGCUUGCCUGCAAAUCUAUACCCAAAAGGAAGCUUCUUUGUCAAGAAGAUUGCGAUGACGUUUUGAGGGAGAUCCAGAUAAUGCAUCACUUGUCUGAAUACCCCAACGUUGUCCGGAUACAAAGCACGUACGAGGAUGCCAACGACGUGCACCUUGUGAUGGAGCUUUGCGAAGGUGGUGAGUUGUUUGAUAGAAUCGAGAAGAAAGGUCAUUAUAGUGAGAGAGAAGCAGCUAAGCUCAUCAAGACCAUUGUGGCGGUCGUGGAGGCUUGUCACUCUCUUGGUGUUAUGCAUAGAGAUCUUAAGCCUGAGAACUUCUUGUUCUCUUCUGAUGAUGAAGAUGCUUCGCUUAAAUCUACCGACUUUGGCCUCUCUGUUUUCUGCAAACCAGGUGCAACGUUUACACAACUUGUUGGAAGUGCAUACUAUGUGGCACCUGAGGUUUUACAUAGGCAUUACGGCCGUGAAUGUGACGUAUGGAGUGCUGGAGUUAUCCUCUACAUUAUGUUAUGUGGUUUUGCUCCUUUUGAUGCUGGAACUCAAUAUGGGAUCUUCAGAAAGAUUUUACAGGGUAAGCUGGACUUUGAGACCAGUCCUUGGCCUAGCAUUUCCGAGAGUGCCAAGGACCUUAUAAAGAAAAUGCUUGAGAGCAAUCCAAAGAAAAGGCUAACUGCUCAUCAAGUCUUGUGUCACCCUUGGAUUGUGGAUGAUACUGUUGCUCCAGAUAAACCACUGGACUUCGCAGUAGUGUCUCGCCUGAAAAGGUUCUCUGCAAUGAACAAACUUAAGAAGAUGGCUUUACGUAUAGUUGCAGAGAGACUAUCUGAGGAAGAAAUCGGUGGGCUCAAAGAACUGUUCAAGAUGAUAGACACAGACAACAGUGGGACCAUCACGUUUGAAGAGUUGAAAGAUAGUAUCAGACGUGUUGGGUCAGAGCUUGUGGAAUCAGAGAUCCAAGAACUCCUGCAAGCAGCUGAUGUUGAUGAAAGUGGAACAAUUGACUAUGGAGAGUUUUUGGCUGCAACAAUCCACUUGAACAAGCUGGAGAGAGAGGAGAAUCUAGUGGCUGCAUUCUCUUUCUUUGACAAAGAUGCAAGUGGUUGCAUCACUAUUGAUGAACUCCAACAGGCUUGGAAUCAGUUUGGUAUAAAGGAUCCACAUCUUGAUGAAAUGAUCAAUGACAUUGAUCAAGACAAUGAUGGACAGAUAGACUAUGGAGAGUUUGUGGCAAUGAUGAGGAAAGGCAAUGGCAAUGUUGGAAUCAGCAGGAGAACAAUGAGGAACACUCUCAGCUUUGAGAGUCCUCCUCCUCAAGAGUCAAAUGAAUGAUUUAAACUUUUUAUUUUACCGAAAUUUUCUUGAUAGAACUUGCUGUUUCUGUUUAAUUCCAACUCUGACUAGUGUAAUUGGAAUUAAGCUCUUACCAAUUAUCAAACUUUGAUCUUACCAUGGGAAAUGACAGAGUACAAUGUAACCUUAUCAAGUGCUAGGAGAAACACAUAAAGAAUUGCUUAA